GAUGUAAUCCAGGCAAGCAAAGCCCAUCUACAGCUUUGAUCUGAGACUUUUGUUUUUAUGGCAAAGACCAAAGAGUGACCUUGUUUGUUUUAACUUUUAACGCAAAACCGCGGCUGUGUUCGGCGGCCCUCCCUUCUCCUUCCUCUCGCUUUCCGGCGGGCGACUGGCGUGCGCCGCUUGUUUGAUUGCUUCCGUCGUCCCCUCCCCACCCCCGAUUCGCCACGAAACCGGCCGCAGUGUGAGAGAGGGACGCCGCCCGUUGUCCCCGGCGUAUACGCAAUCCUUCCGUCGCUGCGAAGCUGAUCCCUCGUGUUCGCCUUCGCCAUGGCCCCUGCCUCCAGCGUCGCCGUGGAGAACCUCAACCCAAAGGUCUUAAAAUGUGAGUAUGCAGUCCGUGGGGAGAUUGUCAUCCAUGCUCAGCGCUUGCAGCAACAACUACAAACGCAACCAGGGUCUCUUCCUUUCGAUCAGAUCCUCUUCUGCAACAUUGGGAAUCCUCAAUCUCUUGGUCAGCAACCUGUGACAUUCUUCAGGGAGGUUCUUGCUCUUUGUGAUCAUCCAUGCCUCUUGGAAAAAGAGGAAACCAAAUCAUUGUUCAGUGCUGAUGCUAUUUCUCGAGCAAAGCAGAUUCUUGCAACUAUUCCUGGAAGGGCAACCGGUGCAUAUAGUCACAGCCAGGGUAUCAAAGGACUGCGUGAUGCAAUUGCUGCUGGUAUCACCUCACGUGAUGGAUUCCCUGCAAAUGCAGAUGACAUUUUCAUUACAGAUGGAGCAAGUCCUGGGGUCCACAUGAUGAUGCAAUUACUGAUUAGGAAUGAGAAGGAUGGCAUUCUGUGCCCAAUUCCUCAGUACCCCUUGUACUCGGCCUCCAUAGCUCUUCAUGGUGGAGCUCUUGUCCCCUAUUACCUUGAUGAAAAAACUGGGUGGGGUUUGGAGAUCUCUGAUCUUAAGAAGCAACUCGAAGAUGCUCGGUCAAAAGGCAUUGAUGUUAGGGCCUUGGUGGUUAUCAAUCCAGGAAAUCCGACUGGGCAGGUUCUUGCUGAAGACAACCAAUAUGACAUAGUGAAAUUCUGCAAAAAUGAGGGCCUUGUUCUUCUAGCUGACGAGGUAUAUCAAGAGAACAUCUAUGUUGACAACAAGAAAUUUAACUCUUUCAAGAAGAUUGCAAGAUCCAUGGGAUACGGCGAGGAUGAUCUCCCUCUAGUAUCAUUUCAGUCUGUUUCCAAAGGAUACUAUGGAGAGUGUGGUAAAAGAGGAGGUUACAUGGAGAUCACUGGCUUCAGUGCUCCGGUAAGAGAGCAGAUCUACAAGGUAGCUUCAGUGAACCUGUGCUCCAAUAUCACUGGUCAAAUCCUUGCAAGCCUCGUCAUGAAUCCACCAAAGGUUGGGGACGAAUCAUAUGCUUCCUACAAGGCAGAGAAAGAUGCAAUCCUUCAGUCUUUAGCUCGUCGUGCAAAGGCAUUGGAGGAUGCAUUCAACAAGCUUGAGGGAAUUUCAUGUAACAAGGCUGAAGGAGCAAUGUACCUUUUCCCUCAGAUUCAUCUGCCACAGAAGGCAAUUGAGGCUGCUAAAGCUGCUGAGAAAGCACCUGAUGCGUUCUAUGCUCUCCGUCUCCUUGAAUCAACUGGAAUUGUUGUGGUCCCUGGAUCUGGAUUUGGUCAAGUUCCUGGAACAUGGCACAUCAGAUGCACUAUCCUGCCGCAAGAAGACAAAAUCCCCGCGGUGAUCACCCGCUUCAAGGCUUUCCAUGAGGCGUUCAUGGCUGAGUACCGCGACUAAACUGUUACAGUGUGAAUUAAGAUGGAGAUUCAGUAGAAGAGUCCAUCUUUUUUCCUCCCUUUGUUCCCCCUUUGUACUUCUUGUACUGUGUUUUAAUAUAUUUUCCAGUAGGGGCUAAAAACCCCUCCGGUUGUUUCCUAAAAAAAAGUAGAAGAGUUCAAUGACAGAGCAAAAAGGGGCCAGUGUUAGAAAUCUUAUUUCCUCCACUGGAGCAACAAUUGUCUGUCUUCAAUCAAAACAAAAAUUUCGAACUGGACUAGGCAACUUCUCACUGA